UAUUAUCCAUUAAUGCAGAAAAAGAAAAGCUCGGAACUUUAACGUUUCUAGAGAGAGAGAGAGAGAGAAAGAGAUGGAGGGGAAAGAAGAGGAUGUGAGAGUGGGAGCGAACAAGUAUCCGGAGAGGCAACCGAUAGGGACAUCGGCUCAGACGGACAAGGACUACAAGGAGCCACCGCCUGCGCCACUGUUCGAGCCAGGGGAGCUGAGUUCGUGGUCGUUCUGGAGAGCAGGAAUCGCUGAGUUCAUAGCGACAUUCCUGUUUCUAUACAUCACAGUUCUGACAGUGAUGGGAGUGAAGAGAGCUCCGAACAUGUGUGCCUCUGUUGGAAUCCAAGGCAUUGCUUGGGCUUUCGGUGGCAUGAUCUUUGCCCUUGUCUACUGCACCGCUGGAAUUUCUGGUGGACACAUAAACCCGGCGGUGACAUUCGGACUGUUGUUAGCUCGGAAACUGUCACUGAGCAGAGCAGUCUUCUACAUGGUGAUGCAAUGCCUCGGAGCCAUCUGCGGCGCCGGAGUUGUCAAAGGCUUCCAGCCCAAUCCCUACCAAACCCUCGGCGGCGGAGCCAACACCGUCGCUCACGGCUACACUAAGGGCUCCGGUCUCGGCGCUGAGAUCAUCGGCACCUUCGUCCUUGUCUACACCGUCUUCUCCGCCACUGACGCCAAGAGAAGCGCUCGUGACUCCCACGUUCCGAUCUUGGCUCCGCUCCCAAUCGGAUUCGCUGUGUUCUUGGUUCACUUGGCGACGAUUCCGAUCACCGGAACUGGAAUUAACCCAGCUCGGAGUCUCGGAGCUGCAAUCAUCUACAACAAGGACCACGCUUGGGACGACCACGUGAGAGAGAUGGAUAUUCUGGGUGGGACCAUUCAUAGGUGCAGCUCUUGCGGCUCUCUACCAUCAGCUUGUCAUCAGAGCCAUUCCAUUCAAGACCCGAAGCUGAUUUCCUUCUUAGAUUCUUCGUCCCUUUCUUCUUUUUUUAAGUUCGCUACUGUUGUUGUUGCUUAAUGAAUUUUGAUAUCUGGUCAUCUUUAUUUUAUGUAUUUGGUUGGCCUCUCUAUUUGCUCUUUCUGUGUAAUUUUACUGUGGAUGAUCUCUUUUAUCUCGUUAAUGAUAAUUAUUGGUUUGGUUUACUGUGGUUU